AUGCUAGGGCUGGCCUCUUUCUUAUUUUCUUUGGUAAUGUAUGCCAUCGAAACAUACAUAGUAGAGGCUGCUAUCGACCGGGCAAUGGCUUAUGACCAAGCCUCGUAUCUUGUCGCUGUCAUGAACGGAGCGGGUCUCUUUGGCCGAAUCUUGUGCAACUAUGCUGCAGACUCCAUAGGAAGGUUAAACAGUACUCUCGUCGCGGUAUUUUGUACUAGUGCGUCCAUUCUUGCAUUAUGGCUUCCGGCGCAGAGUAGUGGAACCAUGAUCGCAUUUGCCGUCGUGAGCGGUCUCGGUGGCAAUGUGACACUGAGCAUGUUCCCUGUUCUGGUUGCAAGUACGGCCUCAUUGGAUGAACUUGGGUCAAGAAUCGGCGUCACCAUGUUUGCUUCUGGACUGGCUGCCCUGCUUGGGCCACCAGCGACAGGGGCGGUGAUCAGCCGUAGUGGUUUCCAAAUGGCUGCAGGAUGCCUGGGCGGCUGCUGUGUUGUAUCUGGAUUGUUUAUUACCAUCUUGAGGAUAAGGCUAGGGAUUAAGCAGGGCUGGAAUAAGUGA